AUGCCAGUUCAGUCGAAACAUUCAAAAAAUUUUGUGGCUGCUCAAGCACGAAUGAAUUUUAUCGAUGAUCUCCCGAAGAAGCAGGCUCAUCCUGGAAUUUACUACCGUCACCACCCUCAUGAAUGUGACCUUAUGCUCCGAUGGAGACCCAUCCAUCUUCAUCGAGAUGACCCAUAUGAAGGCAAGAAUGUCGCACGCAUCAUGAACAAGGAUAACAUUCGUCAACUGCUCAUCCCUAGUAAGGAUUUGUCAGUAUAUCCAGCAUUUUGGUCGAAGGCAGACUAUGACCGAAUGCAGGAUAAAGCCAAAUUGAAAACUCUCGAAGAUCGGUUAGCUCACUUUAAGGCGAACGAAAUUGAGAAAAAAACCAUGCUUGAUGAAUCGGAUAAGCGUAAAAAACGAUUACAAAACAUAGACCGUGAACGCCAGCAGAAAGGGGUGAAAUUGAGCUCCCUCGCUCUCGACGCGGACGGAAAGUGUGAACACGAUCAGUAUGGUGCUAGGAGCCCAAGGAAAAUCAUCGACCGAGCGUUUCUUGCAAAACAGGAACAAGAAGAAGAAGUUAAGCGAGCUAAUCGUAUAAUUCUGGCCGCCAAAUGCCACAUCAUUAGAGACGCACAAAUUGCAGAAAAGCAAGAGAUCGAGCGAGAAUUGCGAACAGAGGAAUUGCGACUUGAAAAAAUGAUGCUACAGGAAAACGAGAAAGCACUAAAGGAAGAGGAAAAAAAAAGAAAAGUUAACAAGGUUCUCACUACUCAACAUUCAGAAGAAAUCCGCAAUCAACUCGUCGAACGCGAAAAGGCACGACUAAAGGAGGCAGAACGAAUAGAAGAAGAAGCUCGUGUCCUCAAACAAGCACAAAUGGCAAUCGUGGAGGAAGAAAAACGCAAAGAGAAAGAGCGAUAUGAUCGCAUCAAUGAGGUUCGUGAUGGAUUAAAGAAGGCAUAUGAGCUAUCUGCAUACUACAAGCAAGUUGAAUUCGAAGAGCAACGCAUCGCCGAACUCAAGAUUCAAGAGUACAUGAGACAAAGAGCGGAACGGCAAAAAAAGCUCGAGUUUGAACGCAAGAUUACUGCCGAAGUGCGCGAAAAAGAACACGAUCGUAUGCUUAAAAUUCAACAAAAACUGCUUGAUACCAAAUCAGAGAAAAACGAUAUGGAUCUACGUCGGGGUCAGGAGCACAUUGAACGCGAAUUUAGACGCCGUGAGAAGGAAACGGCUAUUAAAAAGAAAGAACUCGAGCAACAGCUGGCCGUUGCUCGAGCCGCUCAACUUGAAGCCGUAAAAACUGAACGAGCUAUGCAGCUAGCACGCGAUGAGCUUGAACAUCAAAAGACGGUACACAAACUCAAAGAAGACGAAGUCAAAGAGAUGGAGCAGAAGCGAAAACAGCUAAAACUACGUGAAAAAUAUCGUGAAGAAAUCAUCCAACAAAUGAAUCUUAAGGAGCAAGAACGUCGCGAGAAAGAGCGCAUUGCUCGGCUAGAGCAACAGAAUUUGAAAGAAGAAGCAAAGAAACGAGACAAAAAUAUCAAAAUCAUCAUCGCCAACAAAAUAAAACUAAUGAAAGAAAGCCAUGUUCCGGAGAGAUUUAUAAAAGAUGUCGAACGUCAGUUGAAUCUAGGAAAGUAACUCAUUUUUUUCCCGUGAAAUUAAUCUAUUUGACACAUUUCAAACCCGCUCGGUCAACCAUGUUCUUUAAA